AUGCUGAAGUGGACGGUCUCGAGAUCGUUGUCGGCUAGCAGCUCGACGCCUCACGGUCCGCCUAGCUUGAACAAGGCGCCCCGUAGACCUUUUCGCGACUUGUCCAACACGCCUCCCGCUGCUGGAACCAAAACCCGUAAUAUUCCCGCCCAAACGGCCGAGAACGUUUCGUCGAGGACCACGCCGGCACGUCGGAGAAGAUGCAGGAGCCACGGCAGCGAUUUAAGGACGUACUUUCAGGCAACCAAGCCCAAUUUACGCGCGACAAAACGUCAGUCGAUGUCACGACAACCGGAGAAGUCAUCGGUCACGGAGAGUUUUUAUCAGAGCACACCUCGAGUCGACGCGGAUAUCGGCCCGUUAACUCUUUUUCCCGCCGGUACCAAAUGCUCGACAGCAUUGACCCUGCCGACCGACCCCACGCUCUUCAUGAAAAGUAGAGCGAAAAACUUCCAGAGCGACAACGAGCUGCCGCAGAAUAUCGUGAACGAGGCCAGGGCGAAUCUGCAGUCGCAUGUCUCGGACUUUUUUCAACAGAUCUCCAUGGCCACCAGUCCCGAAGACGUGAUGCAGUCCGAUUCGGUGCCCCUGGCGAAGAACAAUAGACUCUGUUCGCCGAACGGAGAUGGGAAAGGAAAGUUUGCGAACUGCGCAAAAAUGACGUACCUGCCGAAACUGGCGAGAAUAACGAAGAUUCACGCCCGAUGCAAGACCCCGUAUCACACGAAGAACGCCACCGGUCCAGCCCCGAGUUCCUUCAAAGCCAAGAGUCACGGUCAGACACCGUUGGCCGGAAAACUGUCCAACUUGGCCAUCGACCAGGAUCUCCCGAAAUUCGAAAAUAUGGACAACACCGUCACGGAGGUCCUCAACAGGGAGCAAGAACUGAAUUUCACCGGGAAAACUGUGGCGGAAAUUCUUUUGGGAGACGCGGAGGAGAGGAACAAGGUUCUCGAAGGUGAUCGUGACGACGAGACUCUCACGAAAUCUGAGCAUACGUACGAGACGAUCGUGGAGCAGGAAGAGAACGUGGAAGACGAAACGGCCUGCCACAACGACAGCUCCGUUUCCUCGGCUAGUCAACUACUGGAAGAUCCUUCGCCGAUGUCCUGGGCAUUCUCAUCCCCGCCCGACGAUCUGAACGGAGAGUUUACCUUGAAGAGGCAACGAGGUAUUCGCAGAAAACGGCAUCGGAAGGACACCGAGAAAAUGUACGAGGGAAAACGCGCGAGAAGACGAUUGUCGAACCACAGUCCGUCGACCAACGACAAAACCGAUACGGCACAGGUAACUCUGAUGGAAGCCGUGAAUCCGAACGUGAAAAAACUCGCGUUGGAGACCGAUCUGGACAUUACCUUGGACGAGAAAUGCGUGUUCGCGGAGAAGGCGAACGAGGAGGAUCUCGACGAUCAUCGUAGAAACGAGGAGGAUCUCGGAAGGAAAACCAUCACCUGGGAUCUGGACAGUCCGAAGUCGACGGUGACGGACGAUUUUCAGAGUUCGAAAUCGUUCUUGAAUUCUAUGUCGAACACACCGGAAACACCGUUGAUCGCGACCGUGAGAAGAUGUUUGAAAUUCAGCCCGGAGAGCGAACCGCCUAGAUUGAAUUGUCGCGGUUCGAUCGAGAUCGAGUAUUCCGUCGUUGGGGAUCGGAUACACGUCAGGGUGAUCAGGUGCAAGGACCUCAGGAGGGCAUACGAGGGUCCGAUCCACGCUUACGUUAAGGCUAGCUUGAAGAACACGAACGGCGAGGGGGUGGUGAAACGGACUGCGGUGCACAGGGCCACCCCGAAUCCCGUUUUUCACGAGACUUUGAUACUACCCUGUCUGGCGAACAACAAUCACUGCACCAGCAAGCCUACGUCCCUGGACAUCGCGGUCUGGCACAGGGAUCGUCGCGCAAGACGUAGCGAACUGUUGGGCUGCAUGACUCUGCCUCUACCCCUGUCCCAGGACAAGGAAGCGACAUGGCAUCCGUUGGAGGCAGGAACCGGCCGAAACACGAGCAGCAUUUGCGCGGGUUUGCCCCAGGACUGCGGAGUCUCGCCCCCUUUGUCCAGGGACGGAGAAGCAGAUAAUAAUAAUUCCAGCGGAGAGAAUCUGACGUACUUGAGGUAUCUCGAGUUGGAGCCGAUCGAUCCUUUGACCGGCCUGCCGUUGCAUCCGGGUUUCACGGCUAGGGGUGGCAGAACACCUUGCACCGUCACCAGGAGAUUAAUCAGACAGACUACAGCUAAUCAGAUUCCAUGGGGAUUCUCGUUAUCCUGGGGAAGACCUCCUCGCGUGGAGCGCGUGGACCCUGGAAGCCCGGCGGAACGUUCCGGUCUGAGGCCAGGUGACCACGUGGUGUUCGUCGAUACGACGAACGUGGUGACGCGACCGCGCGAAGAGAUCCUCGGGUUGAUUCAGACGGCCACGAAUCAGCUUGUCCUCGAGGUCUACCGUAAAGGAGGACAGGUUCAAUCGUCGAUGCAUCGGCCUAGCUCGAUGAACGUCAGUCUUCAGCAACCGAUCGGCGGAAGUGGAGGCGCAGGUGGACAGCACGCGGUCGCGUUCAACGCCGAGGUAUUCCCGAAUCUCGCGCCGGACGCGCCACCGGAAGAGGAACUGUCCGUACGUGAGACGCGGUACUGGGGCGUUUUGAAGAACGGUCACACUCGUCUGAUGGCGCCACUGAUCGAGAGGCGGGACGUCCUUUCCGCCGCGGACUAUAUGAUACUCUUUCAAAAUCUCGACGAGUUGCUCAAAAUCUCCGAGGAGAUUCGCGACGAGGGCGGCGGGGUCGACAGUUAUCUGUGCAGAGUUCCCCGAAUCACCGCCGCCUACAGACGAUACCUGAGCGGUCUGCAACGUGCUUGCUGUCUUCUGGUCGCCCUCAGACGGAACACGGCGUUCGCGAAGCUAGUGUGCGAGCCCUCCGUGCCGCAGAAACGGCGUCCCGAUCUGACAGGCGUGUUGUUGCUGCCUCUGGAGCAUUACAGAGAGAUGACGAGACUCGUGGGUCUGGCGUCGCCGAGGAAUUGCCAACAGGCCAGAGAUUUGGCGCAAGGUUAUAGAGAAGCUACAGCGAACGCAGGCGUGAUGGAACCCCCCCGUGACACCGGUAGACCUUUGCUCAGCCUGCAAGAGGUGGAAUCUCGUCUGGUUUUCGCGAGAUGCAAACCGUUCACCCUGGCGAUGCCCGGACGGCAAUGGCUGUUUGGCGGUGCGCUUGCGAAAGUCGAAGGUCGAGCACGUCUGCAACCGUCGUGGGCGUUGCUUCUCACCGAUCUGCUGGUGUUCGCACGGGUCUCCAGGGAUCGGGUUUUAUUCGUGACCGAGGAGCCGUUGCGCCUGUCGAACAUCGCCGAGGCUUGCUUCACGGUCCGUAAACGACCCACGGAAUUUCGACUCCAGGUCGCCAUUAACCCGUCCGGGAACGCGGAGAAUGGUCACAUGGAGGUGAGCAACAGCGGGGGUUGCAGCCCUCACAGUCGGCCCCGAAGACGAGUAUUAGUUUUACGAGCCCCCACGCCCGAGCUGAAGGCUGUCUGGCAUAACCUCCUUCAACGGCAAAUAAUCUAUGUGAAUACAGGAUAUGGGGGAACGCCUAGCCAAGACAGCCCGGAAGAAAGUCCGAUCACCAGUAGCAAUUUCCCCGCUGUUAGGGAUUCUAUGGAAAGUUCGCAGACUAUCAGGGAAACGUUGAAACCCGACGAGGAGAAGGAAUCGCAUUCGGCCGAGAGCAUCGAGACGAUAAUCAAGAAUUCGAGGGAGGACAAUCAUUUGGCGCAAUGGGUACGCAAUUCCCGUCAGAUUCCGCCGCCUGAUCACGAGGAGGCACCGAUCGAAGAAUGGACGCCCGAGGAACUGGCCGCGAGAGCGCCCAAGGAAACCAUGGACGGAUCGGACGGCGGCCGGAACACUCCGGCUGAGGAAAUUGUCACCGAAAUAGGGAAUUCCGACGUGGAACAGCAGAGUACCGCGUCCAGCGCGAGUCUGAGCACCGUAAAGUCUAACUGCGUGUCGACGAAAAAAAACGGCAGCUUGGCUUCCUCCAAAGAGAAUUCGACGAGUUCCAUUAACAUAUGUCGAAGAUGUCACAGAUCGGGUUGCCCGACGCCGCCUCUAACGAGGGAUCCGUUUUCUCCGUUGCCUCCAAAGAUUUCGGUCGUACCGCCGACGCCUGAUCUGUGCACCAAGCAUAGAUUGAGGAACGGACUGUACGACAGCCCCGGACGUAACAGUCCGAGUUACACGCCGGCCGAUGGUAACACGGAAGACGGCAGCGAGGACGACCUCGAUUGCGACGGUGAACCGCCUUAUAGAGCUCUCCGAAGAUUCGGCACGAUGAGUAGUUUGGAUCAAGACGAUGAGCUCGAAGAACAAGGAGAGGAUGACAAUCGAGAUUCUGAGUCUCCGCCCACAGGGUUGAGAGCAUGGACUGCUAGAGCGAGCAGCUAUGUGGUCAGUAAAAUGGUAUUGCUCGAGCAACUCAGCGAAGGUGUCGGAGGAUAUCUCCUUCAACCGCCGGUGCCACCGGAGAGAACGGAAUACUCGUUGGAUCCGAACGACGAGGAGGGCACCACGUCCGGAGCGACAUCCGGAGACGAUAUCUGGGGAACUCCGACUUCCGGUGGUCCCGACGACGAAAGCUUCUCCGCGAGUUCGCCGCCGCCAAACGGUGCAGGCAACGCGGCUGCCACCUCCGGCGAGGACAACUACGGCUUGAACCUGUCGGCGGACGACGACGCCGAUCAAGAGUCCGAGACCGAAGACUGCAAUCUGCCCGAGUUGAACAUGGAUCAGUUGCUGGGCAGCGGAAGCCUCGGCUCGCUCAGGUGUUUCUUAGGUAGAAGACGGUUGGAACCGCUCCCGGAAGAGGAGGACUCGCCCGGGAGCGGAAAGGAUCAGGUGGGAUGGUGGUGACAGAGGUUUCAAACGGCGACGACGAAGAACGUCGGCUCGAGCAACGAUGCGAACGAAAGGGAUCGUAUUUUCGCCAAGUUGAGCCAGGAGGACGAAGAGUUUCGCCGGAAGAUUGUGAAUCUUCACAGAAAACUGUCGGACGUUGACGACAGUUGCGCGACCGCGUCCUCGGAUACCUUGAAAAGUUCGAAGGAAGCGGACCGCUUGAAGGAACUCGAGUCGGUCGCGCAAAGAGCGGAGGAGACCAGCAAUCGAAAUGCCGAGAGAGCAAAGAGGGAGGCUUAUUCCUCCUCUGAAGCCGGGGACGCUCGAAAUCGUAGGUACAGACGUGGAGACACGCAAUACGAUCGGCGAAGGCAAAUGGAAUUGCUGCAAAGGAAGUCGAAGAAGUUCGACGAGGAUUCAGACGAUCAGCACGACUACAGCCCGACUAGAACGUCCGAGAAGAACUUUCUGAAUAGGUUGAGAAUCAAGAGACGCAGUAUGAAGCUGCUCAGUUUUUUGAGCGGAAAAGCCGCGGACAGAUCGCAGGAGGAGCGCGCUGCGAGACUUCUCAGGAUGUACAUGCCCGAGAAAGGAUCCAAAGCACAAAAUACUAUUUCUAUUCAUCAUACGUCCAGAGACAGGCGAUUUUGGAAACUUCGGAGUCGGAGGCGAACCAAUUCCUCUUAAAAAAAAAGGGGGGAGACGGAACUGCUUCACGGGGAACAGAGGAGCGGUCGUCACUUUGUUAUUAGGACUUCCAGUAUUCGCGUUGUACAAGUUUUUUCAAUUCUAUUAUAUUCAAGCAUGUACACAUGAUCGAACCUGUUUUCAUAGAGUCUAGCAUAAAACCGUACGGCACUAGGUUUACGAUUUCAAGUUUAGACUAUCUCUUCGAUCCGUAAAACGGUUUCAAAAUAAAACAGUACAUUCACCAGGAACGGUUAGCCAAUUACAAAGUUUCGGAAACGUAAGGAGUUGCGUCUUAUAUCGUAGCGCGCUUGUCGGAUUUUCGACGGAACGGUGUCCCCUCCAAAGAGAAUACGAUAUACGGCCUAGUGGUUUGUCUUCGAGAGGUUUCGUUUAUCGCGUAAGACUGCCGGUUACGAUUCUAGUAUCGCUCAUUAAACAUUAGAUACGAUUUGUUUCCGCGUUUUCGAACACUGUAUUUAAGUAGGUCCGCACGACUGACCCAAAGCGGCACUCAUCUUCCACGAUAGAACUUGCUCGAGAAUACAGAAUGAAAAAAAAAUUCUAACAAAAAAAAAAAAGACACCGAAAUUUUAACAUUCCUGUUGGUAGGUUGUAACAUGGCCGCAUGGCCCUAAUCAACAUGCAAAUAAAGUAUAUUAUUUGUUCAACAGUUUCGUUUG